CCCGGACCCGCGCCGCGCCCCGCUCCCCGCGCCGGCGCCGUCCUCCCGCCUCCUCCUUCUCCAGAAAAAGUCGCCAUUUUGGUUCACUGCCUUCGCCCCCCCACGGUCGGCGCUUCCGGGCCAGGCUGCAGCCCGCGUCCGGCCUCAGGUGACAGAGAUGACUGAAUCCUUCUGUGUUGGAGGGGGCCGCCGGCUUCAAGGAUCCAGCCGAAGUGGACCUGGCAAGGGUGGCAGCCGGAAAGACGUGCCGCUUCCCACGGUGCAGGACCCACCGAAGCUGGGGCUGCCAGUGGUCCACAGUGGACAUAUAGUGCCUGGCCAGGCCUCACUCUGCUUUGACCCUGGAAACCCAGCCAGUGACAGGACAGAAGGGAAGAAAAAAGGGAGGCCGAAAGCCGAGAACCAAGCUCUCCGAGAUAUUCCUCUCUCUCUGAUGAACCAGUGGAAAGAUGAAUUCAAGGCACACUCAAGGGUGAAGUGUCCAAACUCAGGGUGCUGGCUAGAGUUCCCCAGCAUCUAUGGGCUCAAGUACCACUAUCAGCGGUGCCAAGGGGUAAGGGUCUGUGGGUCAGGGAAGAGGAGGCCUGGGGGUGCGUCUGGGCAGAGGCCCCCGGGGCCCCAUCCCACACCUGCCCUCCCUGCCCAGGGCGCUCUCUCAGAUAGGCUGGCCUUCCCUUGCCCCUUCUGUGAGGCCGCAUUCACCUCCAAGACCCAGCUGGAGAAGCACCGGAUGUGGAAUCACAUGGACCAUCCCCUGCCUGCCCCUAAGCCUGGCCCAGUCAGCCGGCCAGUCACCAUCAACCGGCCUGUUGGGGUCAGCAAGCCCAUUGGAGUGAGCAAACCUGUUACAGUUGGCAAGCCAGUGGGAGUCAGCAAGCCCAUUGGCAUCAGUAAGCCAGUCACUGUCAGCAGGCCUAUUUCAGUCACCAAGCCUGUCACAGUCAGUAGGCCCAUGCCAGUCUCUAGGCCUGUGCCAGUCACCAAGCCCAUCCCAAUCACCAAACCUGUGCCACUCACCAAACACAUGCCGGUCACCAAGCUUGUGACAGUUACAAAGCCUGUGCCACUCACCAAGCCAGUACCAGUCAGCAGGCCCAUUGUGGUCAGCAAGCCAGUGCCGGUCAGCAGGCCCAUUGCCAUCAGCAGACACACACCACCCUGCAAAAUGGUGCUGCUGACCAAAUCUGAGAACAAAACACCUCGUGCUACGGGCAAGAGCAGCAAUAAGAAAAGGGCUGCAGACAGUCUGGACACCUGCCCCAUCCUACCGAAGCAGGCAAGGACAGAGAAUGGAGAGUAUGGCCCGUCCACCAUGGGCCAGAGUAUGACCUUCCAGCUGAGUACAGAUCCCAGCAACGGCUCCCUGCUGCCAGGUAGCAGGCCCUUGACAGGCAAAGAGGCAUUGCGGCCUGUAGGCUCAGUGUCCCAGCCUGAGGAGGAUCCUGAGCGCACAAGACACAGAAGGAAACAGAAAACACCGAAGAAAUUCACAGGGGAGCAGCCGUCUAUCUCAGGGACCUUUGGGCUCAAAGGCCUGGCCAAAGCUGAAGAUAAGGCCCGAAUUCAUCGCGCCAAGAAGCAAGAGGGAUCAGGCUCCGAGGAAGUGCGGAAGAAGGUGCUGGCCACCCCUGUCACUGUAAACAAGGAGACACCAACUUCUGUGGCCCACCCAGCCUCAGGUGGCCCUGAGGAGCAGUGGCAGCGAGCCAUCCAUGAACGGGGGGAGGCUGUGUGCCCCACCUGCAAUGUGGUUACCCGGAAGACCCUCGUGGGGCUCAAAAAGCACAUGGAAGUGUGUCACAAGUUGCAGGAAGCACUUAAAUGCCAGCACUGCCGAAAACAGUUCAAGUCCAAGGCUGGCCUCAACUACCACACCAUGGCUGAACACAGUGCCAAGCCCACUGAUGCUGAGGCCUCUGAAGGAGGCGAGCAGGAGGAGCGGGAGAGGCUUCGAAAAGUGCUGAAGCAGAUGGGACGGCUGCGUUGCCCCCAGGAGGGCUGUGGGGCUGCCUUCUCCAGCCUCAUGGGUUAUCAAUACCACCAGCGGCGCUGUGGGAAGCCACCCUGUGAGGUAGACAGUCCCUCCUUCCCCUGUACCCACUGUGGCAAGACUUACCGAUCCAAGGCUGGCCAUGACUAUCAUGUGCGUUCAGAGCACACAGCCCCGCCCCCUGAGGACCCUACAGACACGAUCCCCGAGGCUGAAGACCUGCUUGGGGUAGAACGGACCCCAAGUGGUCGCAUCCGCCGCACCUCGGCCCAGGUUGCCGUGUUCCACCUACAGGAGAUUGCAGAGGAUGAGCUGGCCCGUGACUGGACCAAACGGCGCAUGAAGGAUGACCUGGUGCCUGAGACUGCACGGCUCAACUAUACUCGGCCAGGUCUCCCCACACUUCACCCCCAGCUGCUGGAGGCAUGGAAGAAUGAAGUCAAGGAGAAGGGCCAUGUCAACUGUCCCAAUAAUUGCUGUGAAGCCAUCUACUCCAGUGUGUCCGGCCUCAAGGCCCAUCUUGCCAGCUGCAGCAAGGGGGACCACCUUGUGGGGAAGUACCGCUGCCUGCUAUGUCCCAAAGAGUUCAGCUCUGAGAGCGGCGUCAAGUACCACAUCCUUAAGACCCACGCAGAGAAUUGGUUCCGGACCUCAGCUGACCCACCUCCCAAACACAAGAGCCAGACUGCGUUGAUGCCUAGGAAAGAGAAGAAGAAAAGUCUGUCAGGAGGAAAGAAGCGAGGCCGCAAGCCCAAGGAACGGUCCUCCGAGGAGCCAGCAUCUAAGCUGCCCCCUAACAGGGAUGACUGGCCCCCAGGAGGCAGAGACAAGGGGGUCCGGGCCUCCACUGGGAGGAAGGCUGGAGCUGGGAAGGCACCUGAAAAGUGAGCCUAGUGGGCAGGGCUUACCCAUCAUGCCCUGCGUUGUCCAGAUUAGGGGAGCCAGUUCCAAACCUGUCCUCCACCUCUACACCCCUACCUGUCCAGAGGGUUGGCAAAACGCUCUGCUCUCCCUGAAGCCGGUCCUUCCCCUGUUGAGGCUGCCUCAUGUGGCUGGGUGGUGCUCCCCAGGAGUGCCAGGGGCAGCAGCAAAAGUGCAAUAGACUUGGGGGGGAAGGGGCAGCCAUUCCUACAAGGACGUUCAUGGACCUAGCAGGAUCUAGAGCCUUGGCAUUAUGGGGUGUGAAGUAUGCUUGAGCAGUGAAAUGGCCCCAUUUCCACCUCCCUCUGGCCCAAUUGGGUCCCCACUCUACUCCCUCAAGGCUCAGUCAUUCCUGGUGAUCCAUAGUUGUGGGCUGAUGGGGCACCCAAGCAGUCUGGCUGCCAUCGCUUGGGCCUCGCCUCCACCCAACACUGGAACUCCAGUACUCCCAGCUACCUCCCAGGACAGACCCUGUCUAGCUACUGCCAUGCUGCCCUGACAGCCACCUACCCAUCUGUCCUCUUGCGUCCACCUCUGACCCCCUUGCUUCUGUUUUCUACCUCUCUGGGCCUGCUUCCCUCCUCCGUCACCCCUGCUGUGCUUCAGGCCUCGCCGCACUUGACUGCUGUGGCCGUGGUGGUGUAUGUAGCCUUCCAGGCAAGGAGAGAAGUGUGUGCUGUACCUUUAGGGAGGCCCAGACCCAUCGCUACCGAGCUGAGAGCAAAGGACUAGGAUGCUUGCUCCACCUCCACCUGUCAGUCUCUGAUCUUGUGGUUGGCACCCUGAGAGGUGUCUCCCUGGGGCCAGUGCCAUGUGAAGCAGAGGCUGGUAGAGCCUAGCUCAGGAGCAGCACCUGUGAGAGACUGCAUGUGUCUGCCGUGCUAGGUGGAGCCAUAAGCCAAGUUCUGCCGAAGCCCACUUUCCCUCAGUAUCUGGUGGCAGCCAAUCAUUGAUACAGAAACCGAAGGAUAGUGAAAGAUGGGGUCUCAGCCCGUGUCACUCCUCGAGGCUGGGCCUCACCCCUUUCUUUAGGGGCCCUGAGGUAACAGGGUCUGCAGGUUGGGUAGAGUCAGGAAGAGAAAUUUGGCCUCCUUCCUGGUUCUACCUUCUAACUACCCACUCCCCCUGGGAGCCACGCUAGGAGGAAAAGGCUAGAGGGGACUUUUCUAAUGUGGGUAGAGAUAGGCUGAGGCCUCGGCUUCUGAUCCUGGAUGAUGUGAAUUUUGAUAUUUGCCUCUGUGUGUCUCCUGGAUGUUGUUGAUGCCAGUCUUGUUGCUGUGACAAGUAGCAACCUUUUUAAAAAUUCUGUUUUUUUAUACAAAACUCAACAAUCUUACGUUUUGGUGCUAAGGGUUUCCUGGUGCCAAAGGUAGAUCUGGGCUGUGGUACUGACUGGCACCUGCCCCCUAACCCCAGCGGGGAGGGUUUCCAAGGACGCCAGCUCCAGGGAGGUUUAGGAUAAAGUCCUUGUACACUCCUAUCUAGGAAGGCUCUGACUCUGGGCAAUGGACUCUCCAAUUCCUACACACUUUGACUUAAUCAGAGGUGGGUGUGAUUCAGUGUCAGAAUAGGCAGGGGCUUUUGGGUGGUGGUGUGCAGCUGUGGAGGGAGGGGGGCCCAGGUGCAUGUUGACAACACCUCUGUGGGGUAUCACCACCAUCCACCCAGCCUCUCAGGACAUGUGGGACCUGGGUUUGCUAGGGUUGAGUCUCCAGGAUGUAUCAUAAAGCCCACAUGCAGGCUUUCCGUGGUAUGGGACCUGGGGCUCUGGUAAGUUGAUAUUUAGCACUUUAACUCAGUCUUUGAGGUGGGUAAGGGGGCA